ACUAUAUCCAUCGGUGAUGCAUUAUAUGAAUCCAAGUGGUACAAUGCCGAUAAUGAGACUAUGAAAGAUGUGCAGUUCAUAUUAAUGAGAUGUCGAAAGCCGAUAUGCUAUGAAGCGAUACCUCUGGGAAUAACCGAUUACCCCUUUUAUUUUAUGAUGAUCAAAACUGGAUAUUCUUAUUUCACAUUGUUAAACCAGUCUACACAGAUGUGA